CAGCUGGCUAUUUCCUUCCCCAUGAACCAAAGCUUACUAUUCAAAUCAAUUCACGUGUUUACUGUGACAAAGAUUUUGGGAAUUAAGAUGAUUUAAUGAUUUAAUUUGUUCAUCUCAUAGUGCACAAGCUUCAACCAGAUCGUGAAAGGUAUGCUUUCUGUCAGGAGAUUCAUCUACCAAGUAAGAUAUAGUUUAAAUACAAUGUCUGAGGCUGUUCAAAAUGGAAAACCCAUCCUCAAACGUCCUGGAGUGGGACUUGGGGUUCUUGUGACAGACUCCUCCAAUCCAGGAUGUGUCCUGUUAGGAAAAAGAACAACCAGAGUUGGGAAAGGCACCUACCAGUUACCAGGAGGUCACAUUGAAUUCGGAGAAACUUGGGAGGAAUGUGCCCAGAGAGAGGUGAUGGAGGAAGCUGGUGUCCGACUGAAGAACAUUCGCUUUGCAUCCGUCGUAAACUCCAUCAGACUGGAGGAAAACUACCAUUAUGUAACAAUCUUCAUGCAGGGAGAACUGGACAGAUCUUUCACUGCUGAACCAGUUAAUUUGGAGCCAGAGAAGAAUGAAGGUUGGUCAUGGAGGCGGUGGGAGGAUUUUCCCCCUGAAGAGCAGCUAUUCUUGCCAUUAGCCAACCUGAGACAGCAGGACUUCCAACCAUUCAAAAAGAGUUAAAGGGAUUUUCUAUAAUUAAGAAAUCAACCUUAUCACUCCCUGACUUAACCUUAUUCAGGAUCAGGUGAACUGAACUUACCUUAGGCCUUUUCUCACUCAUUUUGAAGAGAGCUUUGACCUGUCGAAAGGACACACACGCCCAGACCUUAAAUUGUGAGAUCAACAUACUGUACUUUCAGAUUGACUGUCAUGGAUAAUUAAUUACUGAAUGUUAUUCCAGCUUCUCAAUAGCCAAAUGAUUUUACUGAACACACAUGUGUAUUAAAUUUUAUCUAAGGGUAUUAAGCUAUUAGGGCUUAUCAGUCAUAUAUUUUUUUGUACAUGCCGGUAUAUUAAGUAUACAGCAUGUUAUGUGUGAUAUUUUGUUAAAAUAUUUAGGUAACAGUUUACAAUAAGGUCUUGUUAACAUUACUGAAUGCAUUAGGUAUACCAAAAGCAAUACUUUUACAGCAUUUAAUUUUGCCCAAUGCUAAUUUCAAGUAAAAAACUAGCAUUAACCUGUAUUAAUAAUGAAAUAUUUUAUUGUAAAGUGUUACCAAUAUUUCAUCAUAACUUCCUCAUGCAAACUUACUCUAACUGUUCCCACCAGACAACACCCUUUGCAUUUGUAAUACUACUGCAAGGAUUUCAUAACACAUUAUUUUUCCACAUAAACCUUACCUGCACUCAAAUAAACUUCACC